UGCAAACCAUAUAGUAAAAAUCAUAUCCAACAACCCAAACCAUGUCUUCUGUCUCAUUCACCUUCAAUAAAUUUGAGCCUAACCAGGAAGACCUCAUCCUCCAAGGAGACUCAUCCAUUUCAAAUAAAAAUGUCUUACACCUCACCCAUGUAGACCAAAAUGGAUUACCACAAAAUGGCAGUGUAGGCAGAGCAUUAUACUCUGCCCCUAUUCACAUCUUUAGUAAAUCUGCUUUGGCAUCAAGCUUUGAAACCACCUUCACCUUUAAAGUCUCACAAAACGGAUCCAAUGCUCCCGGUGACGGCUUUGCCUUCUUCAUCGCUCCGACCGACACCACCAUCCCUCCUAAUUCCGGUGGUAAGUUCCUCGGUCUCUUCGACGGACCAGGUAUAACAACCGAUACAAUUGUUGCUGUUGAGUUUGAUACCUAUGUUAACCGCGAUAUUGAAGAUCCCGAUUCUAUCCACAUCGGAAUUGAUAUCAACUCUAUCAAAUCAUCUGUGACAAACAGGUGGAUUGUCCAAAGUGGAGUGGUAGCCACUGCAAAAAUAUCAUAUAACUCUGUCUCAAAGACACUAAGUGUUAUAUGUUCAUAUCCAAAUGCUGCUCCAGUAACACUUACCCAUAAUGUUGACUUGAAUAAUGUCGUUCCUGAAUGGGUUAGGGUUGGGUUCUCAGGUUCCACUGGGCAAUACGCUCAAGCAAAUGAUAUUUUAUCUUGGUCUUUCAGGUCAACGUUGACCACCAACAACAUUGUGUAAGAACCACCAUGGAUGUGUCAUUGUUGUGAUUUCCCAUCUUUUAUGUUCCAAUAAGGACAAAAUAUAGUCCAUUGUUUUCUUUUGAGUCUCUGUAGCGAUUAUGUUGUUUUGUUCCGAUCCAGUUCUGUUAUAUGAAGAAAAAGCUUCUGGGAUUAUUGGGGUAUCAAAAUCAUCUAAGUUCUACUAUUGUGUUUUAAGCCUUCUUUGAUCUAUGAAUGAAAGCUACUUUAUGAGA